AUGGCCCCCGUUCUUGCAUGGACCGUGUGUGCAUACCGAAAGCCAGGGAUGAGCGAAGAGGAUUACCAUACUUACAUGAGCGAGAUCCAUGGCCCCCUUGUGAAGGGCCUGAUGGCCAAGUAUGGCAUGCUUAGCUUCGCUAUGUCUCACAAUACGACCGCUACCCGCGCCGAAAUGGACAAGCUCUUUGACCCUCAGUUUGCCAAUGUUGCCGAUUAUGACUGCAUUGUUCAGGCCACAUUCCCAGAUACUGAAUGCUUCGUCAAGAUGAAGGCCGAUCCGGAGUAUAUCGCCAAGUGCAUUCCCGACCACGAGAACUUUGCGGAUACAAAGAGAUCAAAGAUGACAAUUGGCUGGGUUGAGUGGCACGUUCGCGAAGGUCAGAUUGUCUGCUAAGCAGCGGACAAAGAGUACCUCAUCAGACAUAUUUCGUAAAGGGGUUUGCUAUGCG